AAGCAAUGCGAAAACAAAUUAUGACAGCCUGUAGGUAUGGAACAGGUUGCGAGUACUCGACUUAAAUCGCAUCUGUCUGUCUAGUUUGUUUGAAACAUCCAGCAUUUGGACCGCAACAACAGAACAGAUUUCAGAAAGACGGUAACUAUGAUGCACGUGGCUGUGGUUAUAUUCCUGUGUAGCGUUCUGGUGCAAGUGCAUUCGAAAUGUCCCGCCUUUUUUGAAGAAUACAACGCGGCAUGUUACUACGUAGGGAAUAACCGCGUGAACAACGUGAGAGAAGCUUUCAGCACAUGCUACAGCCUGGGUGGAUAUCUGUUGAACAUCAAUGCUGUACUGGAAAACGACCAUGUCAUCAACAAAAUAAAGCAACAGCCAACAAUUUUUGAUGGUUACUGGAUAGGAGGAUUCUUCAACGGGCAGCAAUGGGUGUGGCAGAAGACGGACCAGACAGGAAACGUUGUUGAUAUCUUCAUGAACCCACAAGAAGCCCAGUAUAAAAACUGGGGCCCGGAACAACCGAACGCCCUGGGAUUGCUCGUCUAUCGACCUUACGUAGCAAUAAUGACUCGUCACCGGCCUAUGCCGUACAGAUGGUAUUCUGAGAAUGGUUUAGUGCGCAUGCCCGGUGGAAUGAGCUAUGUGUGUGAAGCAGACUGGCGGCCAGAAGUCUGAGAUGAAUGUUUUGUGGGGAAAAAUAUAGAAUAAAAACGUUUUCAUCUUGAUAAGGCAACUUUUUCAUAUUUUGUCUUGGAAAAAUAAAUCCCUUUAGUGUCAGAA